AUGUCGCUAGAUACAAACGAGGACAAGGAGAACAAGACGACCUACGAGUCGCACGUGCAUUCCACAAAGCAAUCUCAUCUCAUGCCAGAGACACCUGCACAUUUACUUCUAAAGAGGUCUCUGUCUACCGUAUUGAAGCCAAACUCGGUGAAUGCUACUGAUGAGCUGGGAAAUAUCUCUCCCAGGAGGAGACAAUUGCUACAAUUGCAGAAUAGACUACCUUUGGCUAAGAAAGAUAAUAAUAAUAGUAGUUUCUCAUCCAGAAAGAAUGGGCUGAAUAACAUCAAGAAGUUGAAGAAAUAUGGGUCUGUGUUGGGCAUGGACGCUCUACCCAGAACGAAGAGUCUGAUACUGAAAGAUGUAGACGAUAAGCCUGACGAUGAUGAAGAGGAUGAAGAUGAUAAUGCGUUUGGCUUAAAAUUACGCAAUGCCAUGAAGCAACACGAAAAUAAUUCGAAUGAAGAAGAGAAUGAAGGUAUGUCGGGGUUAGGGAUAGGAUUAUUCCAUGACAAUGAAGACAAUAGCAAGAGCAAACUAGGCGGACUACAACAACUCAUAAGGGAAAACACUAAGGAAAGAUCCACGAGCAAGAUAAGGAGCCCCCUGAAAACCAUUGGACAAGAUACAGAUAGCGAUAGGGAGAUAGAGUACGCACCGAUACGGGAAGAACCGUUGCCCUUUGUUCCCUUUGGAUACACACCCUUCACGCCGGAGGAUAUCAACAAACUGAAAACUUUCCAUUCGUCAUACAAAUUAGACAGCCCAGUCUCCACAGUAGAGGAUGCAGACAAGCUCCUUGCCCUGGAGACGAUAGAGACCAGCGUAGACGACGAAGCAGAGUGGGAGCAUGAAGUAAGACACCACCGUCGUCGCCCCACUCGGGACAGCAACGAUGACUCAAUCGACCUGGUGCCCCUGUACAACGGCGAGGGUCUGGACGAGGACGACCUGCAGGACCUCUUGGCAGAUCUCCAUUAG